CAGUGGAUUCAAGUGGACGUUGGACCGCCGACAAUUGCGACGGCCCUCGUGACAGCUGGCCGGGGUGACAAGGGCAGACAACAUUGGGUCACUCAGUUCACCCUCACGUACAGCAACGACACUGAAAAUUGGAUCAACUACAGAUUGCCAUCCAGGCCGAAAGAAGAUUUCGUAUUCAACGGAAAUGACGAAAAAUAUUCGGAGAAAAUAAAUUUCCUCUCCCACCCAAUCACAGCUCGUUACUUCAGAUUUCACCCAAUAAGAUGGCACCGUCACAUUUCUAUGAGAGUGGCUGUCAUUGGCUGCCCUUACGAAGGUCACUUCAUGAAUAUUUAA